AGCUCUGACUGCGCUCGUGUCGCUCAGCUGGGGGCGUCACAGUGUUUAUGAAAGGCGUGGAGCCGCGCCGCAGCGCUCUGCUCUGCGCCGGUGCGUGUUAUUGGCUCUCACCUGAACAGGAAGACUUGACGCAAGGUAGUACUGGUGCAACAGGUAAAUCUGUUUGUUAAAAUAGAAAGACACAUUUGUAUUCAUAUCAAAUUAGUCUAAUUAAGAUACUUCUUCCGUACAGCUGUGCAGGAAGUGAUGCGCCAACGCUUAUUUAGAAUAAUGUUGACGUAAUUUGACACAAAGGCGAGAUCGUCACAAAGGCAGAUUUUCUGUAACGUACAAAAAGGUUUAUUAAUGUAAGAAAAUGAAUCUUAAAUUAUGUUGUUAUCGCGUGGAGGUCCUGCUCUCAGGAAACCGAAACUUAACCAGAAGAGUGACUCUGUCAGACCCUGCCCUGUGACGACGCAGAAACACUGGAGUCCAGCGUGGUUAGACUUUGCUCCUCAGCAUAUAUAGCGAUUAAACAGAUUUGACAGCAAACGAAACUUUGAAGUUACGAUAUAAUCUGUGUAAUCCUUAAAUUUGUGUUAGCAUGCAUUUUCUACUCUGACUCUCUGAACUUGCGUGAUAAUUUUAUUUAAUGAUUUCCUUGUUCUGUUCUUUGUCACGCUGGUUUGUCACUUCCAAGCUACAAAGAUGGUGAAUAUAUUUUAUCAUAGGCUAUCUAGCCACGCAUAUAACGUCAGUAUAAUCAGGUGGAUUUGGGUCUGUAGCAGCCUGAAAAACUUAAAACUAAGAGGAAAAUAUGAAUUUUUGAAUGGCUAGUUAACACAAACGCUAUUUGUCUAAGAUAAGAAAAAGCAUGAAAAAGCGUACCAAAUCAACACAACUUCAAAACAAAUAUUUGUACUUGUUUGUUUACGUGUUUGCAACAGUGUCUGACAUUUCUUAUACUAUCACCUUUGUAUUUUAAUUUCAAGACUUCAAAACAAUCACGUUUUGAAAAGCCACCCAUACUCUGUAAAGUCUAUAGAUUGUACAGGUGCAGCUCAAAAAAACGUCCUGAGAAGGUUUUCUUUUUUCCCCAUUAGCUUACUGAAUUUUAACUUAUUCUAGACUCAUCACUCAUUUAUCACACAGAAUUGAAUAUUUUUAAGGCUUUUUUUUUUGGCUUGAAUUUUGAUGAUUACAACUUACAACCAUAAGACGACAAUUAAAAUCAAACAUCCACCAUCUCAAAACAUUAGAGUGUUGUGAAAAAGUACAGUUCUUGUCAGUUUUUUCAGUCCUGAAAAGAGCUCUUCUUAGCUAAUAGACUUAUAACAAUUGCAAAGGUUGACUGAGCCUUUAUUUUCUCUCUCCGGUUCGGCACACACACCCAUAAUCAUUGGGUAAAUGUCUGACUUAAAGGGUUAUUACGGUGUAAAAUUAAGUAAGGGUCAAACACACCGUAACACCGAGUUAGACACCCUGUUGAGAGAUGAAUGUUGCUGACCGCUUGUUUCUGUAGUUAUACCAACUUUAGUAACGACCGCAGAUAGCAAUACAGAGAGCCACGUGCUCAAACCAAAAAGCCACACUAUAGCCACAAAUAAUGCUCUGAACAGCACCUAACUUCAUCGACAGUACAUAUAGGGUCCCAGCCAUAGCACUCACCCACUCUCUUCCAGCAGCUGCUUGUUUGUACGGAGACCUCCGGGCAAGUUGAUCGACUGCAGUGGAGUGGCGCAGCUCAAGGAAGAACAUUUAUGAUCAUUUCUUUAUCAUUUCCUUGAAGUAAUAAUCACCACAUUAAUCAUUUUGCACUGCAGACGCGGUCGUUCUUCUGCCUUAGCAUCUCGGUCUGAUUGCGUUUCCAUGAGGAAAUGAGUGGCUUUUUGCUUUAGCGCGUGGUUCUCUGUAUUGCUAUCUGCGGUCGUUACUAAAGUUGGUAUAACAAGAGAAACAAGCGGUCAGCAACUCUCAACGGGGUGUCUAACUCCAUGUUACGGUGUGUUUGACCCUAACUCAAUUUUAGGCUGGAAUAUCCCCUUAUCGAUAUUAUAUCCAUAUUGUGUAUCUAUUUUUUUGGAUUGGUGUUUCACAAUUUUCCAAUCUUUUGAGAUAAUGGGUUAUUGCCAUGCUAACUUGUUGAGCCUCACCUGUACAUCUGAAGUCUAACUCUGAGAUUUCUGUUUUCCCAGUGUCCUCACCAUGUCUGCAAGUGAGACUGAAACAAAUACUUCCAAGAAAUAUCCAGAAGCAUUUGCUCUGGAACUCACUUGCCCAAUCUGCUUGGGGCUCUUUUCUGAUCCAGUUUCUCUCCCCUGUGGUCACAUCUACUGCUUAGCCUGUCUUCAGACCAUGGGAAAGGGCCUCGACCAGCACAGCUGCCCUGAAUGCCAGGUAGAGUACCAGGGUACCAGUGCCCUUGUGAAAAGCUAUAGAAUGUGCAGCAUUGUAGAGACCUACAAAGCUACUGCUGGGAGAGUGAACCCUGAUGCAGACCCCCUUGAUGUUGUGAUGGAGGAGAGAGAUGACAGGUCUGUUUUAAAAGAACCAAGCACAAAAGGGACAGCAGAGGAAGAAAGCUCAGAAAGAAAUAAAAAGGAUGACAUUCAAAUUGGGUCUGGAUUCACAGAGCAGCCCUUGUCUUCAGACCAAGAUAAAAGUGGUGGCAAAUGCAAGACUGAAAUGAAAGAACCCAAAUUCAAACUAGCAUCACAAGUCACAGAGCUCACCCUGAAGUUGGAGUUGGCAGAAAGCGUGUUGAAGAAAGAGAAGGAACAUGAGUUGGAGGUGACUACUGCUAAUAAUCAGCUGAGAGAGAAAGCAUCCGAACUAUUGGAGCAGGUAAAAGUUCUGAUGCAAAGCUACAGCACACAGGUGAUGCAGCUGAUCGAAGAAGAGCUGGGUCCAUGUGAAGAAGGUAUAAGCCAUCGCAUCAGCCAGGCUUCGGAGCUGACCAAGCAGCUGAGACAAGCUGUUCUUACUGCAGAGUCCCUUCUGACUGAAGAGGAUGAGGCUACAUUCACUGAUGACCUCCAGACUUUACAGCCUCGCAUUAUGGAGCUCCUGGCCAAGCCUGUAGAAGAAGACGACCAAACUGCACCUAAAGUAAAUGUGGCAAAAGCCUGUCCCAAACUCGUAAAGGUGAAUGCUGAAACGAGGGAAAGAUUCAGAGAGAUUCAGCGCUCCCUUCGAAACACCAUCAACCCUUCAGAGGUGACCUUUGACCCUGAAACAGCCCAUCCUAAUCUAGUCUUAGCAGGUGACUUGAAGACUGUGACUUUCAGUGCCACUAAACAACCCUACCCACCCUCCCCAAUGAGGUUCACAAGCUUCUUCCAGGUCCUCAGCACCCAGAGCUUCUUUGAAGGAGAGCACAGCUGGGAGGUAGAGUUGGAGGGGUCUCCCUGGAUCAUCGGCAUAUGCUACAGUGAAAAGCUUGCGCGUAGCGGGUUGCCGUCAGCUCUUGAGAGUAGCCGCAGCUCCUGGUGUCUGAUGUGGUUCAACAACCUGCUGACAGCCUUUGAGCAGGGUCACAGUGUUCCCCUGAAGAGGACCACAGUGUCGUGCAGGCUGGAGAUAAGGCUGAGUUUCAAGACGCACAGGCUAAGCUUUUACAACAUCAGCUCCAUCAGUGGGAAGACUCAUGUGUACACAUUUAAGGCUAACCUAACUGAACCAGUGCACCUGGCCUACAGAAUGAUGUCAGGGAUUCCCAAUGCACGUGUCACUAUUCAUUCAUAACACCUUCUGCAUUACAGGAUGGAAGCACAGUUGAUAGGAAGCUGAUUUAUGUGUGCAUGUGUCAGGCUUAUGUUGUUUCUCAGAUGAGAACCUUAUUGCAGUGUGCUAGAAAUAUAAUACCCAAAUACAGAAUUAAAAUGUUUGACUACAUUUGUUUUAUUGUUUUAAAUCUUACUUCAUAAUGCAUAUUACAAUAUGGACUGUAAAUCGUAAACACAACAGGCACAAACCUUGUAAAAAUAUUAAGUGUAUUAUAAUUUCCUUUUAUAUUCAAAGCAGUCAUGUUUAUAUUUUGUGUUUUGUUAUAUUUAUGAUUACUUUUCAAAAUAAUUGAAAAUUUGUACUGGAAACAUUACUUCUUUGAAUGAAAAAAAUGCAGCACAAUAUCUCUGAUCUUUAACACACCUCCCCUGUCUUCAUUAAAAAGUCUCAGUCUCGUCAAA